AUGGGAGAUAUCGUCAGCGAUUGGGACUCAAAAGAUGAGGCAUUGAUGAACAAGAAAAAAGCAAAAGAUGACGAAGAGGAGGAGAAGAGCAGUAAAAGUGAAAAAAGCAAAAAUGUGCCAAGUUUAUUAGAAGAAGAGAAGAACACCAAAAUUUUGAUAGAGAGCGAAAAGAAAACAGCGAUUGCACCUUCGGAGGAAGAACAAGUUCCCGAAAAGAAAAUUUUUCAUGAGGAAUGGAGGAGGAGAGCCACUUUAACCAGCAGAAGUAAGAGUAAGGAGAGAGAACAAAUGAAAACGGAGGAAAUAAGAAAGAUGGCCGAGGAAUUGUUUGGGAAGAAGUUAGAGGAGGAAGACCGACCAAAGAAGUUUGAUGAUGAAGAAGGGAAGAAGAAGGAUGAAGAGGAGAAUGUAGAAGCUGAGAAAAGGCAAAAAAGAAAAUUGCACGAGGAAAAGAGGGAAGAAAGGGGAGAAAAAGGUGAAAAAAUAAAACCUACUGGAAAGGACCGAAAAGAAGAGGUGGAGAUGGAGAUAAAAGAACCUUUAGAAGUAAGGCCAAUUGCGGAGGAGAAGAGGAAGGUAGACUCAGCUAUGAGAGACGUACCAGACUCUGUAAUUCGAGAUUUUGGGAUCUUUGAAAGGAGGCCAAAAAAACCGCCCGUAUGGCCGAAGAAAAGUGCACCUCUGUCAUCACAUUUAGAAGGACCAGGAGGAGUUAAGUCGGAA